AUGUUCAACAUCUCGAAUUUGGUGCAGAAGGCCCAGCAGUACAUUGAACCCACGCUCAAUACCAUAGCCGCUCCCGCAUCGACAGACCGCCGACCCUCAAAAGCCACUCUCUUCCGCUACCAGUUCCGGCUCCCCGACUCGCAGAAUCCCCUCCAGGAGAUCACCGCUGAGCUCACGCUUCAACCCCACCAUUCCACGAGGGGCCCCGGCGACGUCACAUCUGAGAAGGAGCGCAGCCAGGGCAACCACUAUGUGGGCAAGCUGCACCUUAGCGAGCAGUAUCUAUGCUUCUCUACACAGGGCUCGAGCUUUGCCAAUACCGCGAGCCUGAGCUCUUCCAGCAGCUUCACGGGGCAGACUCAUGGGGCGGGACCUGCGGGCAACGGUUUCACAUUACCACUAUGCGGCAUACGACGGGUAGAAAGACUGCAUAGCCAGAGUUACAUGUUCGCGCUCGCCAUCACGACGUGGAACGGCAUACCAGACUCAAAGUCGCAGGCGCCUGCUGGCCAGAAGCUUACGAUCCAACUCGCGGGGUCGCGACAGGCAUGCGAGCGCUUCUGCGAUGCUCUGAAGAAGGGGCUGCGGGAGGGAGUCAAGGAAGUGGAUAACCUGCGCAAGGUUGUGGGGCAAUGCUACUCCGAGUAUCUUCUCACAGACGCCGAGGAGAAGAAGGCCGGGGAGGAUGGCAAGCAAGCGCGAGAGCAUCCAGAUACCGGCCUAGGCAUGAUCUUCAAGUAUCCAGGCAACGCGCGGAAACUCAGGGACGCGACAAAGAUACGGCUGUGGCGCGAGUAUCUCAGAGACAACGGACGAAGCGCGACCCUCAUCCGACAACCCACUUUCCACAAGCUCAUCCGUGUCGGUCUGCCGAAUCGAUUGCGAGGCGAGAUGUGGGAGCUCACGUCCGGUGCCUUCUUCUUGCGCCUACAGAACCCAAACCUCUAUACCGAGACCCUACAGAAGUUCUCCGGGCGGGAGUCGUUAGCCAUCGACGAGAUUGAAAAGGAUCUCAACAGAAGUCUGCCAGAAUACCCGGGUUUCCAGAGCGAAGAGGGUAUUGGUCGGCUCCGACGAGUGUUGACGGCAUACAGCUGGACAAAUGAGGAGGUUGGUUAUUGCCAGGCGAUGAAUAUUGUGGUCGCAGCAUUGCUCAUUUACAUGUCCGAAUCGCAGGCCUUUUUCCUCCUUUCCGUGCUGUGUGACCGUCUCCUGCCCGGCUACUACUCGCAAACCAUGUACGGCACCUUGCUGGACCAGAAGGUCUUCGAAUCGCUGGUUGAGAAGACUAUGCCCAUACUAUGGGACCAUCUGGUUAAAUCAGACGUACAGUUGUCCGUUGUCUCAUUACCCUGGUUUCUUUCGCUCUAUAUCAACUCUAUGCCUCUAAUCUUUGCUUUCCGCGUUCUUGAUGUUUUCUUCCUCGAAGGCCCAAAAGUUCUCUUCCAAAUCGGCCUGGCCAUCCUGCGCAUCAAUGGCGAGGAGCUGCUCGAUGCCGCAGACGAUGGCUCCUUCAUUUCAGUCUUGAAGUCGUACUUCUCAAGACUCGAUGAGUCCGCCCACCCCAAGUCAGAGAAUCCUAAACUGCGAGCUGUGACUCGCUUCCAAGAGCUCAUGGUAGUAGCAUUUAAGGAGUUUGCUGGCAUUACCCAAAACACCAUCUCUGAACAGCGAGCAAAGCACAAGGAUGCCGUGCUUGAGAACAUCGAAAGUUUCGCUAAGCGCACGUCGAUACGUAAUCUCGGUCCCGAUAGCAAGAAGCUGAGUGUGAAUGACCUCGGGUUCCUGUACGACAAAUUCUAUGCCGUGCUGUACGAACGACAACAAAGAGCAGAGAUCAUGCAACAAGAGGCCGAUCGCAAGGCAAAGGCGAGUAGGAUGAAGGCGACAGAGGUUGUGACUGGUAUAUCUGGAAGCGCGGAGAAGGGCCGUGUGGCACUCGGUCCUAGCCCUACACAAAUGGAUUACGAUGCCUUUAGGGAGUUCCUCGCUGGCAUCGCGAAGUGGGCAAUUACUGAUUCACCGAGCUCUCCACCGGAAAGCAGUGGUACCCAGUCUCCUCAUUCGUACUUUGGAAACAGCUUGAGAAAACGACCACCAAUGUCCCCAUGGGGAUCAGGACCAGAGCCAGCAGACCAUGAGUUUAUGCGACGCUUGUUCCGACGCUGGGAUGUAGACAUGACCGACUCGCUAUCGCUGCAGAAUGUUGUCACUGGGUUUGCGCAUGUCAAGGGUACCAAAGACAUCAUGUCCAACAUCAGCUAUUUCUUCGAACUAUACGAUGACGAUGGCGAUGGCAGGGUAGAUCGGGAGGGCAUCUUGAGGAUCUCAGAAGCCCUACUGUUUUUGUCAAGGCGAGGCGUCCACGACCCGACUCCAAACGCGUCUUCACUGGACAUAAGUUCUACGGCAGGCUCAGAACGUGUCGGUCGAGACGAACAGUUCUUGAGCAGCGUCUCCGCCUUCAUUCGGCAUUGCUUCGAAUAUGCCGAUCCCGAUCAUCCAUCGAACCAGACGAAUAAAGCCGUCGAGCAGGUUCAAGAAGAGGUCGACAACUUUGCAAUUGGCGAUGAUGACGAAGAAGAUGACUUGAUCGACUUUGGCUCUGAGCCAGCAACACCAAAAGCCAAGGCGACGACGUUCGAGAAGUCAGAACAAAACCCACUGUCACCAACGCCAUCGAACCACACUACCGAGUCAGACGUUGCAGAGCGCAAUGACAAGGCCAAGUCGGCAAACCUUGCGCUGGAUCCGAACAAGCCUUUACAUAUAACCUUGCCUACUUUCCGCAUGGUCAUCCUUGCAGACGACGCCUUACUGAACUUCUUCGAAGUUGGGUUUUCAUCAUCUUUCCGCCUGGCCGACGAGACACUCUCGUCAGGUUCCAGUUUCCACAACCUCACCACUUUUGCGAAUGCUGGAAGACAGGGCGGUGGUGGUGGCGGAUUGGGUGGCGUUGUUGGCGGCGCUGGGGCGGGCGUUGUGCCGCCUGGAAAGGGCCUGCGAGGCAUGCUCGACAACAUCGUCAACGACGGCAUGCGUGUCGCGACUGAGGUCAGAAGAAGAUACGAUGAAGCACAGAAGGAGCUGGACAAGGAGGCACGGCAUGGACGCGAGGAUGAAGAAGACGAAGAGGAAGUUGAUGCGAAAGAUUUAGACCUGUUAGAAGGUGCAGAGACGGCAGAUGUGGGUGCGUCAAAAGGAGAAGCACCGCAAGAACUUUUGUCACCUACAGGUACUGGGGAGGAAAUUAAGACGGCCAGAAACCGGUCGGCUAGCGAUGCGAGUAGACGGCCGCCAUUGCUGGAGAAGACUGUGCCGCAGCACUUUGCGGGGGUUGUGAGGCAACAUGGCGACCGUGACGCAGUAAUAUCACAUCACCAACGCAUACGCUUGACUUACGACGCGCUUGAUCGCGACUCGAACAAGCUUGCAAGAGGACUGCAGAAGCUUGGCGUGAAGAGGGGAGACCGAGUUGCUGUUAGCUUGGGGAACAAUGCUGAAUUCGCUACUCUCACAUAUGCGCUGUUCAAGCUCGGCGCGAUACUGGUACCACUGAAUCCCUCGUUCAACGCGCCCCAAGUCCUUAACGCUAUCAACCAUCUCGACGCCGCACAUCUCAUCAUCGGAGCCGAAACGAACCUCCCUCGCAAAGAACCACGAUCCAACAUCUCACUCCUCACGCACUUGAUCCCCAAUCUCGCCGGCUCGAGCCUCGAAUCCGAACUUGUUCCAUCACUGAAGAAUGUCGUGCUGGUAAACAACGCGCAAGGUCGAGUGGAUCUGGACGAGUACAGGAGUUUAAAGAGGUACGAGCACGUCAUCGAAGAUGGUGGCCAGGACAACGCGUUUGAAGACCAAGGGUUACAUCCAGACGACAUUGUGAACAUUCAGUUUACGUCUGGGACGACGAGCAUGCCAAAAGCUGCGUGUUUGAGUCACAAGAGUAUCUUGAACAAUGGCAAUAGCAUCGGUGACAGGAUGCUGCUGACACCGGACGACGUCGUGUGCUGUCCGCCUCCAUUGUUCCAUUGCUUUGGAUGCAUUCUCGGGUACAUGGCUACAGCUACGCACGGCAGCGCUAUCGUCUUUCCAACCGAAGCCUUCAACGCCCUCGCCACACUCGAAGCCGUUCGCGAAUACAAAUGCACAGCCCUUUACGGGGUACCCACCAUGUUUGUAGCCGAACUCGAGCUGCUGGCUCACGGUGCCGUGCCUAAAGAUGGCUUCCAGUACCUCAGAACCGGCAUUGCAGCAGGCUCUGCGAUUCCUUCUGAACUCAUGCGCAAACUACACAAGAACCUGAACUUGACCGAGCUGACAAUCUGUUACGGCAUGACCGAGACUUCUCCCGUAUCAGCUAUGACCACCACGGAUGAUCCUAUCGAAAAGCGCAUCGAUAGUGUUGGUCGCCUCCUCCCGCAUGUUCGUGCCAAGGUCGUCAAUCCAUCAGACUGGUCGCAAACCCUCAACGUAGGUCAGCGCGGCGAACUCGCCGUAUCGGGCUACCUUGUAAUGAAAGGAUACUGGGGCGACACAGCACGCACAGAAGAAGUUCUGCAGCCAGAUGAAGACGGAAGGUUGUGGAUGCACACUGGUGACGAGGCAUCCAUGGAUGAAGAAGGCUAUAUCAAAAUUACUGGCAGGAUAAAAGACCUGAUCAUCAAAGGAGGCGAGAACAUUCAUCCUCUGGAGGUAGAGAAUUGUCUCUUUGCUCAUCCUGCUAUCAGUGAGGUUAGCGUUGUAGGCCUGCCGGACGAGCGUUAUGGCGAGAUCGUUGCAGCGUUUGUAGUCAGACAUGCGGGCGAUGAAGGGAACGUGACUGCAGAUGAAGUGAGAAGUUGGGUCCGGGAGAAAUUGAGCCAUCACCUAGUGCCGAAGUAUGUAUUCUGGGUGGACAACUAUCCCAAGACCGCCAGUGGAAAGAUACAGAAGUUCAAAUUAAAAGAGCAAGGUAUCGCAUUGCUACAGGAAGGGAAAGGACUGGUCUAA